AUGGGCAAAUCGGAUUUUCUGAGCCCAAAGGCCAUCGCGAAUAGAAUUAAGUCCAAAGGGCUCCAGAAGCUUCGCUGGUACUGCCAGAUGUGCCAAAAACAAUGCCGUGACGAGAAUGGCUUUAAGUGUCAUUGUAUGUCUGAAUCUCAUCAAAGACAACUGUUGCUGGCUUCAGAAAAUCCUCAGCAGUUUAUGGAUUAUUUUUCGGAGGAAUUCCGAAAUGACUUUCUGGAACUUCUGAGGAGACGCUUUGGCACUAAGAGAGUCCACAACAAUAUAGUGUACAAUGAAUACAUCAGCCACCGAGAGCACAUCCAUAUGAACGCCACUCAGUGGGAAACUCUGACCGACUUUACCAAAUGGCUGGGCAGAGAGGGCUUGUGUAAAGUGGAUGAGACACCGAAAGGCUGGUACAUUCAGUACAUAGACAGAGACCCGGAAACUAUUCGCAGGCAACUGGAAUUAGAAAAAAAGAAGAAGCAAGAUCUUGACGAUGAAGAAAAAACUGCCAAAUUCAUUGAGGAACAGGUGAGACGAGGUCUGGAGGGGAAAGAGCAGGAGACGCCUGUUUUUACAGAAUUAAGCCGAGAAAACGAUGAAGAAAAGGUGACAUUCAAUCUGAAUAAAGGAGCAGGUAGCUCAGCGGUAGCCACAUCAUCAAAGUCAGGCUCUUUGGGACCAAGUGCACUGAAGACUCUGGGGAGUGCAUCGUCAAUGAGACGGAAAGAAUCUUCACAGAGCUCAGCUCAACCUGCCAAGAAGAAAAAGAAGUCUGCCCUGGACGAAAUCAUGGAGCUUGAAGAGGAAAAGAAAAGAACUGCACGAACAGAUUCCUGGCUACAGCCUGGAAUCAUUGUGAAAAUUAUAACUAAGAAACUAGGAGAGAAAUAUCACAAGAAAAAAGGUGUCGUUAAGGAAGUGAUUGACAGAUACACAGCUGUGGUAAAGAUGAUUGACUCUGGAGACAGGCUGAAACUGGACCAGACUCAUUUAGAGACUGUCAUUCCAGCACCAGGGAAAAGAAUUCUAGUUUUAAACGGUGGCUACAGAGGAAACGAAGGCACUCUAGAAUCCAUCAAUGAAAAGACUUUUUCAGCCACUAUAGUCAUUGAAACUGGACCUUUGAAAGGACGAAGGGUGGAAGGUAUUCAGUAUGAAGACAUAUCUAAACUUGCUUGA